AUGGCCAGCUUCUUGGCAUACCUUGGAGAUGCUUUAUCAAUUCAAAAAAGAUUUGUCAACAUAACCAGUACUACCAAUAAUGUGACAAAAAAUGGUGAUGGGCUUCUUGAAGGUGUGGCAAUCAACAGAAUCAAAUCAACGAUAUCUCAAAAGAUAUUGGGGAUAGAUAGCAACAAAACUUAUGUCCAUAUGGACUUUGCCGUACAGUCUAGCGAUGAACUUAUUGAAUUGAAAACUGGUUCAUUGCAAAGAAUGGCUACCAAUUUAGUCAGCAAAACUAUCAAUACAGACAAUGGGGUUUCUAGAAAUGUUAUGAGACAAGUUUCCGCAAUGCCUAAAUAUGCCAAAUCACUAUUAAAGAGACAACAUUUGCCUUUUGAAAAUAUUGUCAUUCAGAAUAAAAAAGUGUAUUAUUCAGUCGAGCUAGAAGUCGGUUCUGAUAACCAACCGGUUUCUGUUGUUUUGGACACCGGCUCAUCUGAUUUGUGGGUUCCGACUUUUCAACUUUCUGCUGGUAUAGGCUAUUUCAAUCCAGACACAUCUACCUCUUAUCAGCUGAGUAAUUCAUCAUUUGGCAUCAGCUACGGUGACGGAACCUACGCAAUUGGAACUUGGGGAAAUGACACCGUUUCCAUUGGCGAAGAUGUGAAUGUUAACAAUGUAAUCUUGGGGGUGGUGGAUAAUUGCACUGCAAGCCAAGGGGUUUUAGGAAUCGGAUUGCAAGGCAACGAGGCACAAGGGAAGAAUUAUUCUAAUAUGCCAAUGUUGCUACAGCAGCAGGGAUACCUUGAUAACAUCACUUAUUCUUUGUACUUGGAUAGUGCCGAUAGUGGUUCCGGUAGCAUUUUAUUUGGGGCUAUAGAUUUGGAGAAAUAUCAAGGAGAAUUGACAACUUUGCCGCUUGUGAAUAUAAAUGAUGGCGGAAUGAGCACUGAAGUGCCAGUGGCGUUCUUCGUGAACGUUACAUCGAUUGACGGUACUGAUAGUACUUUGGCAGAAACGACGUAUCCCGGACUAUUAGAUUCUGGAACCACACUUUUAUACGCUCCGACCGAAGUUUACGAGGCCAUUGGCGAGAAAUACGGAAUGAAAAGCGAGGUUGGUUACGUUCACUUUUGUGAUGCCUGGAAAGGACAAAAUCUCACUUUCAAUUUUGAAAAUGACCUCCAGAUAAGGGUUCCAAUGGACGAUAUGAUGUACAAGUUACUGUACAACAAUGGCUCGACGGUUUCGGUUUUAGGGUUAGACAUGUGUUUGGUUGGUGUUUUGGAAUCCCCUGGAGACUAUUAUGUCUUGGGAGAUAACUUCCUUAGGAGUGCGUAUGUACACUAUGAUCUCACAAAUGGUGUUGUACUGAUGGCACAAGUAAAAUAUACUGAUAACUCCCUUAUUCAACUCGUUUGA